ACCCGCGAGAAACCCGCGAGAGAGUUUGGCCUGGUGGGGAACAGGUCGGUGUCAGGGGUCGUCUUAGUCGGCAGUCGGUCUCUGGUCGGCCCCAAGAAUAGUCGUAUCGAGGCGGUAGUCGAGUAUCACCUCUCUUCUCCUCCUCCUGCUGCUAGUGCCGGCACGAGCGCACUCGGGUACCCACAGGCACACGCGUGGCUUAUCGACUUGGCUGUGCGCGCGCCCACUCUUUUUCUCUCUCUCUCUCUCUCUCUCCUUCUUUCUCUUCUCUCCUUUCUCUUUCAUUCUAUCUUCGCUCUCCUCCUCCUCACCACCCCACCCCUAUUUCUACUCUCUUUUUUCUUCGCUCCUCUCUCGUUUCUGCCUCCUCCGCCGCCGCCGCCGUCGCCUCUCCUUCUGUUCUCGCUCCUUCCUCCCCCACCUCCAGUGUCCACCACCCACCCUACGGUGUGCGUAGAGCGCACACCCUCUCUGCCCUGUGUCUCGGUGGCUCGUGCCACCGCGCAUCCACCCAGCGUCGAUAUACCACGAUACCGCGGAUACUACUACGCGGGGAUACGCGGCUGAUCUACCGCGUGCGCGCGAUCCCGAUCUCGAUCUCGAUUCCGAUCCGAAACUCGACCCGGUGUCAACGCGUUCGACCUGUUUUCCCGCGGCACGAGUGUUCUCUCCGACUAGCGUUAGCCCAAGUGACAGUGCAAAGUGCGUGGAAACGGAGCAUCGAAGAGGGUUACCGCGAGUUUCGUACACCAGUGAAUCACGACAGGCGAACGAAUCGUCGAUCGACGGUCGGUGCUCGGUCCGAUUUAGUGCGCGUUCGAUCUCUAUCCGAAUCGAGAGACGAAGGAAAACUUGGAGCUUCGAUCAUUAGCCUCUAUAUCUAGUGAAACGCGGAACGCGCGUGACGAACAAGGAUGUCGCCCUCGGGACGUCGAUCCCGAGGUAGCGCGUACUCUGAACGAGUGCGCGAGUGAGUGAGGAAUAUAGCUAAGUAAGUGCGUGGGUUUUGUUGGACCGCGUGACCGAGUUGGCGCGUUCGCGCUAAAGGAACGAUACCGGUGUUGGACCGGUGUGGGUAAAGGUAGAAUAAGGCAAAGAGGAAAGAUAAAAGGAUCACCGGUAGGAUAAAGAAAAAGUGGUAAACCGGGCUGUAAAGGAAAGAUAGAAACGGCGAGGAGGCGGAAACCGUCUCGGGGUGGUCGGUGGUCGCGGCCGAGAAGAGGAAACCGGCAGGGUGGUUCGAGGAGGGACAGGAGGCGCUGACGCCCUGGCGACUGCCGGGGUGGUUUACCCGGCCGCGACAGCGACGUUGUUCCCUGGCCGGGUGUCAGCUGGACACCACCACCCCGAGUUCACCACCACGUUGGAGGUGGGGUUCCCGGCGCGCGGCACCACCGCCUCUAUGGCGUUGGUGGCCGCGCCGCCCUCGUGGCCCUCGCGGGACCCCGGGGCCAGCUUGGCCGCGACCGCAGCCGCAGCCGCCGCUGGAGCCGCUGCCGUGGCAGCCUCCACCGCUGGACCGGGCCCUAUACAAAUCGCGCCGCCGCCCCCGAUGCCCCCGACCCACCUAACACCCUCUGCCACGCCGGAGGACAUUACCUGCCUAGUUCCAGCCGGUGCGGUUCUCACGCCUCGGGACCCUUUGCCACCCAGCACUACCCCAGGAAGUCAAGCGAACAGUUCGCAAUCCGGCAGUUCGCAGACCGACAAAUCGCCCAACAUCGAGUGCGUCGUCUGCGGGGACAAGAGUAGCGGUAAACAUUACGGCCAGUUCACCUGCGAAGGAUGCAAAAGCUUCUUCAAGAGAAGCGUGAGGAGAAACCUAACUUACUCGUGUCGAGGGAAUAGGAACUGUCCGAUCGACCAACACCAUAGGAAUCAGUGCCAGUUUUGUCGAUUGAAAAAGUGCCUGAAGAUGGGCAUGCGUCGGGAAGUGCAAAGAGGUCGAGUGCCACCGUCGCAACCGUCGCUGCCAGGUCUACCCGGACAAUUCGCGCUGACGAACGGCGACGCGGUCGCGUGCGCCAGCCUGAACGGACACUCUUACCUUUCCUCCUACAUAAGUUUGCUGCUGAGGGCGGAACCGUACCCGACCUCCAGAUACGGCCAGUGCAUGCAACCGAACAACAUCAUGGGAAUCGACAACAUCUGCGAACUCGCCGCGAGAUUGCUAUUCUCCGCGGUCGAGUGGGCCAGGAACAUCCCGUUCUUCCCGGACCUUCAAGUGACCGACCAGGUCGCCCUGCUCAGGCUAGUUUGGAGCGAGUUGUUCGUGCUAAACGCGAGCCAGUGCUCGAUGCCCCUGCACGUGGCGCCGUUGUUGGCGGCAGCCGGUCUUCACGCAUCUCCAAUGGCAGCGGACCGGGUCGUCGCUUUCAUGGACCACAUCAGGAUCUUUCAGGAACAGGUGGAAAAACUGAAGGCGUUGCACGUCGAUUCCGCCGAGUACAGUUGCCUGAAAGCCAUCGUCCUCUUCACCACAGACGCAUGCGGAUUGUCGGACGUGGCGCACAUCGAGUCGCUUCAGGAAAAAUCUCAGUGCGCGCUGGAGGAAUACUGCAGGACACAGUACCCGAAUCAACCUACGAGGUUCGGCAAGCUGUUGCUUAGAUUGCCGUCGCUUAGAACGGUGUCGUCGCAAGUGAUCGAGCAGCUGUUCUUCGUACGGCUUGUCGGGAAAACGCCGAUCGAGACGCUGAUCAGGGACAUGCUGUUGAGCGGUAGCAGCUUCAACUGGCCGUACAUGUCCACGAUGUGACAUUCUGUCUGGCGACAGCUAGCUUCCGCCUAAUACUGUCGCUCGCUUCCCGUCUCGUCUCGCGAUCCGGAGCCAGCGAUCGUUCAAACCACCGGCCAAUUUCCCUCCACGCCCCACGGUUUCUAACCGUUUCGGAAGCUGGCACCGUUGCUUUCGUUCGUUCGAAGAUGAGAAACAACAGCUGAAAGUUGACGACGGUGGAUGGUCGAGGAAGGUAGAGAGAAAAGUGGGCGGCGGGUGCGUGCGCGUUACGAGGGAAGCCAGCUCGAAAGAAAGGAAGGGCGGAGAAAAGGUGAGACGCGAUAAAGACGUUACUCGGACGAAGAAUCGAAGGCGCCGACUGGCUCUUCGAGCAGCACGGCCAGAAAGCGUUUAAAGUUUCUUUUGUGAGCGCGGCCCGAUCGAGCCGAUCGCAUCGGAUCGAUCGAGAAUAGAUAAGGACUCUGUUCGCGUCGCCUGCUGAACCCGCAUCCGCGACAUUCUAAUUUCUAAGGACGCGUCCCGAACGAUCCGAAUAGCCGCAACCUUUCGACGGACGGAGAAGGAUAGCUGGUUAGAGAUGUAACUCGCCGUGGCGUGGCGUGGCGUGGCGUGGCAUGGCGUGGCGCGAAGAAAUCAUAAAUUAGCAUUUGUAAUCGACGGCGGGGGAUCUGGUAGAUCCUCGCUCGGUAUCUCGCAUCGAUCUUCGCGUCGAGUAAUUGCCGUUAGUCCAGUCAUGCCGAAGCCCUUAGUCAUUCGUUUCGACGUUUCGUUCUCCCCGUUCGUUGCCUCGUUCCCACCAAUCUCCCCACGAUUCCACUAUCCUUCUCUUUUUUCCUGCUCGCGAAAAACAGUUCGCUUUCGAUCGCCUUCUGUCCACCGCGUCUACUCGCGAGCACGUUUCGCGCUGACACCGUAAAAUCGCACUUUUUAUCGAACCUUCAAACUUUUUCUCUUCAUUUUACCUCUCUCUCUUUCUCUCUGCACGUUGCCUCGCCGAGAAAACUUUUUACCUUCUUUUACGCUUCGAGUUGCGUCAAAGUCCUUCAAUUUUUAACGUUUUCGGUCAAUUUUUCGAUUACACGGAACGAGGAAACGAUAGCUGGGAGAAGAAUAAAAAGGGAGCUGUACGAAAGGUAUAGGAACUCCGAGAAACGUCGAGCGGAACGUAACGGUUCAGCUGCGAGGAUAUUAUUUAUCGUUCGUCCGGGGUGCGCGGAGCUUCCGGAUCUUAAUCCCGCUAAUAGCCUUUGCCCCGGCUAUCCAGUUUAAGUUUGCGAUCACCAAUCCCCCUGAUUUACCGAUUAGCGUGAUUUAAAAAAAAAAGCGUCGAUGCGUUGUCUCGCGAAACCUUCUCCUUCCUUCGUAGAUUUGCGAAACUUUUAACGACACCGUGUUCAGUUUGGCGGAUAGCGAAUAAUAAUUAAAGCGAGAAAGCGAAAGGUUGGUCGGUGACUAAACGAGCAACCCGCGGACAAAUAUAUUUUUCUUCCGGAUGCGUUCGACGGUGAUGGUCGUUUGGUUUCCGGCGAGCCUUGCGGUCCAUCGAUGGGCAAGUUGAGAAAAUCCGCGGGGAAAGGAUCGCGAGGAUAUUCGACAAACGCAAUGUGAUAUACACGUGUACGUGGAAAAUUAGAAUUCGAAUGUUUUUUCGAGAGACGGUGCUUCUUUUUUUAACGAGUUUAUAAAUAGUGUACGAUACCUGGAUGCGAUGCGAACGAUGCGCGUAUCGUUCGAGCGAAACGAGACAUUUUCAAAUGUACUGCGUUACGUUAAAUGUGGCAAUGUCGAGCUAGUUACUUAGAGAACCACUUAGGGGUAUAUGGGAUAUUUCUAAUAUUUUUAACCAGCGAUCGUUUCUUAAAAGCGACCCGCGACGCGUACAGACACACGAUACACAUUGACACACAUACAUAGGAAACGCGGAGCGUCUCGAUCGGACGCGAUCCAAAACGGGGAUGAACAAAUUUUCGAGUUCGGAUUCCGCUCGAGACGCGUACGCGUCGCGAAACGCGCGCGAGUGCUCGUCAAACUGAACAAUUGUAUUAUAUGUAUACCGACACACGACCGUUGCGUUACGACCGUUCAAUGUACGUAGGCCGAAAAAGACAUCUAUAUAAAGUUAUGUAUAAAGACGCGAGAACCUUUUUGUAUAAAACGUGUACAUAAUUAAUAUAUGCAUAUACAUAUAUAUAUAUAUAUAUAUAUAUAAAUACAAAUAUAAAUACGAUUACAAACAC